UUAAGAACGGUUAGAAGUUAGAAGAAAGCGGGCCGUGAUUGUUAGAAGGCAGGAACUAGUGAUUACAUCUCAAGUGAGCGCGUUUUCUGCACAGCAGACGCAUUAGUUUAGACCUGCAUGACGACGACUCCUUUAGGAUCCAAGUAGAGCCGCUAGCCAAAUAAAAUAAAGUAAACGCACUGCGAUAGCUUUGUAACCAGACUUCUUUAUUCCCUUUUUAUUUGAACCACGUAACGCGUUUUUUAAAUGCAACGUUUGAUAUAUGAGAAGACGAUGGCAGCGGAGACGAAGAACGGCGGGAGUUCAGCGAACAUUAAAGACCACAGCAGGAGAAAGUUACUGGUCGGAGUGGAUCUCUUCUGCUUGUUUCUAGCCGGCCUGCCUUUCUUGGUCAUUGAGACCAGUGCUGUUCAUCCUUACCAUAGAGGGUUUUACUGCGAUGAUGAGUCCAUCAUGUACCCGGCCAAACACGGAGACACCAUUAGCGACGGUGUGCUUAGCGCUGCUGGCAUUCUAAUCACCAUCCUCUCUAUCAUCAUCGGGGAGAGCUACCGGAUCUACUUUCUGAACGAGGGAUCCAAGUCGUUUGUAGGGAACCCCUACUUAUCUGCGCUGUACAAGCAAGUGGGCGUGUUCAUCUUCGGCUGCGCCAUCAGCCAGUCCUUCACCGACAUCGCCAAAGUGUCAGUGGGCCGCAUGCGCCCUCACUUCCUCGACGUGUGCAAGCCGGACUUCUCCACUAUCAACUGCUCCCUGGGCUACAUCACUGACUACCAGUGUCAGGGGCCAGAGAGCAAAGUUCAGGAGGCCAGGAAGUCUUUCUUCUCUGGACAUGCAUCAUUCUCCAUGUACACCAUGCUUUACCUGGUGUUUUACCUGCAGUCUCGCUUCAAUUGGCAUGGAGCUCGCCUGCUGCGCCCUCUGACCCAGUUCACCCUCGUCAUGAUGUCCUUCUACACGGGCCUGUCCCGAGUCUCUGAUCACAAGCACCACCCCACUGAUGUCCUGGCGGGUUUCGUGCAGGGAGCCCUGGUGGCCUACUGCAUAGUAUUCUUCGUGUCUGAUUUGUUCAAGCCCAAAGGUCGACGUUCUACCCUUUUGCCAACCGCAGUGAAGAAAGAUCUUGUUCCUCCGGCAGACAUCAGAGAGCGGAGCAACCACCUCAUCAUGGCAUAGAGAAGGCCGCAAACUGACAUAACCCUGACCUGUGCCAUUUAAAUCACUGCUACAGCCACUGGUCAAUACUGGUUGACUAAACUCCCAACAAUCUGGAUAAUGCAGACAACAUGUGGAGUCUUGAACAUCUCAGUUGAUGAGAAGAGGCCACGGAAAACAGUCGCGCAAGUUUUGCUUUCUCAACGGAAAUUCUCAUCUUUUUCCUCAGUCUCACCAGACAUUUUAAUGUGGAAAAGAGAGAGGACAAGGAUAUUUGUACCGCUUCUGUUAUGAAGAUCAUUGGAGACUCUCCUCUGUCGAGGCCUUUUCGUGGACAAAAGUCUGAAAUGAAACAAAACUGAGAAAUGGAAGCUGUAAACCAAGCUGUGUGUGGCUUUUGUGCCGUUUUCGCCCGUCGGCUGCAUCCAACGUGGGAGCUAUAUUCCUGCCACUCACUCACUGUGUGACUAAUACAAACAAAUCAUGACAAAAAAACAAAUUCCUUGAUUUCAUGAAGGAUGUUUGUUUGGUUUUAUUACAAACAUAAGCAUUGCAUGUGUGAUUUAUAGCACCAUUUUAGCUAAACUCAGUAGUGUUUGUCACCACUUGAUUGACCUGAAGUGAAGCUUUUGGAAAGCUUUGUAAACGUUUGUUUGUUGUCCAUAAUGUAGUGUAGUUACUUUAGAAAGUGCACAUAAGUUACAGUAAGUGUAAAGUACAGUGAGAGUGUGUGUGUUGGAUGUGGGCCUCUUUCUGCUGGCUAGGACGAGCCCCCACUGAGCCAUUUAAUGAAAUGACUGUCUGUUAUAUGUACCAGACGGGCGCUCACAAGUGUUAGGUCACUGUGUGUGUGUGUGUGUGUGUGUGUGUGUGUGUGUGUGUGUGUGUGCUUUGCAUAUACAUGUGUGUGUUUGGGUGAGGUCUUCCUUUGAGUGUGUCUUAAUGUCAUGUCU